UGAUCACGAGAUCAUGAGAUGUGCUGUUAUAACUGAACUUGCCUUCGCGACAUCGACAGCUACAACUACAUCUCCUAUAACUUACUCGUCUGAAAGAGCAAUACAACUUCCAGCUGAUUUCUCCCCACACGUCUUCAAGAAGGACAUUACAAGAUGAUGGCUAGAAUAAUCUUCACAUUUAUUUGCUUGGUAUUUGUCUGCCAUAAUGUAGCAGAAUCCCGUACUGUGUCAAUGUAUGAUCUGAAACCAGCGACUCUGAUAAAAUCAAUUUCAAAGCCUGCUCUUCUUGGUGGUGAUAGUCCUAUUUUCAGAAAUUGCAGCAAAACAUCAGACGGAUUUCAGCUAACAAAUGUUCUCGUUGCGGGAUGUUCUGUACCGCCUUGCCCCUUAAUCAAAGGAACAAAUACUUCAAUAGAGAUUGACUUUAUUGCUGAUAAGGAGGUAACAGCAGUAACAGCCAAGGUCUAUGGUCAGAUCGACGGGAUUAAGGUUCCCUUUCCUCUCACCAAUUCUGAUGCAUGCUCCUGCGGAGUUGCAUGCCCCACCAAAGCCGGAAAUGCUUACAAAUACAAGUAUAGCCUGCCCAUAGCGUCCGAGUACCCAUCUAUGACUCUGGCUGUGUUUUGGUACCUCUAUGAUGCAACGGUGGAAGAGCUUUGUAUGGAUGUUGCAGUCACCAUCAAGGAUGCAUAAUCUACAGGCAACCAGUCUGUCUUGCAAGGUGUCUUCGAGUAAUAUCCUCUUUAAUCAGAUUAAAUAAGUAAAAUAUGCACUUAGUGAUAUAUUAUAGCUAGACACUGCUUCAUAUCUCUGCUCAAGCAAGCAAUAACAAAUACAUAUAUAGCGGUGAGAAUAGGGACUCUGCUUUGGGUCCUGAUAUGAAAUUAAAAGGGAAGGUGGUGCUUUAUCAUGGAAUAGAUUAAAAUCUUUGGAACCAGCCUACAGCACUGCUCACAAGUCUACGCUCAUUACAUUCGGAAGGUUCAGGAACUUUCUUCACCCUUUUGUAUGCUGUACAUAUAAAUCUUCAGUUUUGUAAGCUUUAUGAUAGUAUUUUGAAAUUACCAUUCAUUGAUGCAAUGCAUCACAUCUCCUCCUUUAUUGUCCUUUUAUGCAGAAGAAUUUGUUUAAUUUUUUCAGUUGUUGUGUUAACCGUUAUUUAAAAGAACUUCCUUGAUAAUAUUUGGAAGCACCUCUG